CAUUCACCCUCCUUCCAUAACUGCACCGACCUCAGCUCUUCCUUCUCUGGUUUUUCAUUUGCUACCCACCUCGCAUUACAGUCUAUCAUGGCAGAUCAAACCUUAACCGGAGCCCUAAAACUUGCAGCCGCCAAAUUCCCAUCCCGGCGAUCACUAUUGGUACCCGGCAAGCUCGAAAUCACUCACUCCCGCCUCGACAACUUAAUCGACUCUGCCGCAUCCCGCCUAAUCGCUGCAGGUAUCCUCCCCGGCGAUGUUGUUGCGAUUACUUUCCCCAACACGAUCGAGUUUGUGAUCAUGUUCUUGGCGGUUAUCCGAUCGCGUGCGACGGCCGUGCCGCUGAAUUCUGCGUACACGCAGGAGGAGUUCGAGUUCUAUCUUUCCGACUCAGAAUCGAAACUUCUUGUUACGAAUAAACAGGGGAAUGCUGCUGCGGUGAACGCCGCGGCCAAACUUGGCAUCUCCCGCGCCACAGCAAGUCUCCCCGAUCCAUCCGGCGUUGUGCAGAUCGAAGGCCUAACGGACAGUACAGCCACCGAAGGUGGUCAUUCAUCCCCGGUGAUUUCCGUUGUCAACGAUCACUCCGACGUAGCACUUUUCCUGCACACCUCAGGCACGACGAGUCGGCCAAAAGGGGUUCCUCUCACCCAGCAAAACCUCGCUGCAUCGGUCCAGAACAUCCGAUCCGUUUACCGCUUAACGGAACAUGAUUCAACCCUCAUCGUUCUCCCCCUUUUCCACGUCCACGGUCUCCUUGCAGGGCUUCUCAGCUCUCUCACAGCCGGCGCUUCCGUAGCUCUUCCGGCCAUCGGUCGCUUCUCCGCCUCCACUUUCUGGACCGACAUGCGGGCAGCCGGCGCCAGCUGGUACACCGCGGUUCCCACCAUUCACCAGAUCCUACUCGACCGCCAUGCCUCAGCAUCAGAAGCGCCAUACCCGCCUCUCCGGUUCAUCCGCAGCUGCAGCGCGUCGCUUGCUCCGGCAGUUCUCUCACAACUCGAGACUACAUUCAUGGCUCCGGUAUUAGAGGCGUACGCGAUGACGGAGGCCUCGCACCUCAUGUGCACGAACCCACUGCCCCAAGACGGUCCGCACAAACCGGGCUCUGUGGGCCGGCCGGUCGGACAGGAGCUGGCGAUUCUCGACGAGACGGGAGCGGUUCUUCCGCCGGGAUUUCCCGGCGAGGUCUGCAUCCGGGGGCCGAACGUGACAAAGGGUUAUAAGAACAACCCAGAGGAGAACCAGGCGGCUUUCUUGUACGGUUGGUUUCAUACCGGAGAUGUCGGAUUUGUGGACGAGGAUGGAUAUCUUCACCUCGUCGGCCGCAUCAAAGAGCUCAUCAACCGGGGAGGAGAAAAGAUUUCUCCGAUUGAGGUUGAUGCCGUGUUGCUCGCGCACCCAGGUGUCGCACAGGCGGUGGCAUUCGGCGUUCCCGAUGACAAGUACGGCGAGGAGAUAAACUGUGCGGUGAUUCCGAGGGAAGGAACGGAGAUUGAUGUGGAGGAGAUGAAGAGUUUCUGCAAGAAAAAUCUGGCCUCAUUCAAAGUGCCGAAGAAAAUUUUUGUGACGGAGUCUCUACCGAAGACGGCGACUGGUAAGAUCCCGCGGCGGAUGGUGGCGGAGCAAUUUUUAUCUCCGGGGAAAGCCACCGAAGUUGGGGCUUAAGCCUCUUUCAGCCAAGCGUCAGCUUAUUUUAAAUAGUAUGUGGCUCAUGCCGUUUGUUUCGUUGAAUGAGACGAAAGUGGAAAAGGUAAGUGGUCCAAUCUUAAUUUGUCUCGAUUAUAGAUAUUAGGGAUAAUUAUAUAUUACACAGUCUUCGUUGAUUCUAUGUAAGUAUUCGUACCUAAUCUUUUUUGUAUUGCAAUAAUAUGUCUGUUUUGUGGAA